AUGUCAGAACCAGUUCUAUUUGAAUCGUUACUUAAGACAGAAGAUUUUGAAGGUUAUGAAGAUGCUGAAAAAUACAAGACUUUUUUACCAAAAUUAGAAGCAUAUAGACAAAAAUUAAAAGACGGAAUUUUAAAAGAAUAUACAGUAGAUUUACCAAAACCAAUUGAAGAAUUAAUUGAUGAACAAUUUAAUGCUAAAAAGUUUUUAUAUGAAUCAAAUGUUUUAACAAAAAAAGAAUUAGAAAUUACUGAUUCUAAAGGUACAAAAAUUGUAAAAGAAAUUGCAAAUGGUAAUUGGAGUAGUGUCGAAGUAUUUAAAGCUUUUGCUCAUAGAGCUAUAAUUGCACAUCAAUUAACUAAUUGUGCUCUUGAUUUAUUUAUUGAUGAAGGUUUGAAAAGAGCUCAAGAAUUGGAUGAUUAUUAUGCUAAACAUGGAAAAACAAUAGGUCCAUUACAUGGUUUACCUGUUUCAUUAAAAGAACAUUAUGAUUUUAAAGGAAGAGUUACUCAUGGUUGUUAUGUACAAUUUAUAGAUAAUAUACCUAAAGAACAUGGUGCUACUAUACAAGUAUUAGAAAAUUUAGGUGCUGUAUUUUUUAUAAGAACUUCACAACCACAAACAUUAAUGCAUUUAUGUGGUAAUAAUAAUUUUAAUGGUACUACAAGAUGUCCUUACAAUUUAUUAUUAUCAAGUGGUGGUUCAUCAUCAGGCGAAGGUGCAUUGGUUACAUUGGGUGGUUCUGUAUUUGGUAUUGGUUCAGAUAUUGGUGGAUCUAUUAGAUCACCUGCAGCAUUUUCUGGUUGUAUAGGGUUCAGACCAAGUAAUUAUAGAGUUUCAAUCAAAGGUUGUGUUGGUGCUGGUGCAGGUCAAGAAUCAGUUGUUGUUGUCUUUGGUCCAUUAGCAAGAUCUGUUGAUGAUGUUGAAUUGAUGAUGAAAAAUUACGUAAAUGAAGGAAAACCAUGGGACUUAGAUCAAGCUAUGCCUCGUUUACUUUGGAAAGAUGUUUCAAAACCAAAACCAGAAGAUUUAACAGUAGCUGUUAUUAGAGAUGAUGGAUUGGUUAGAGUUUCCCCACCAGUUAGACGUGGUAUAGAAGAGACUGUUAAAAAAUUAAAAGCAGCUGGCGUUAAGGUAAUUGAAUUCACACCUCCUCAUACAAAAUUAGCUUAUGAUACAAUUAAUAAAAUGUAUGCUAGUGAUGGUAAUAAGAAUCAAAGAGAUUUUUUAAGAGAAUCUGGAGAACCAUUAACUAAAUUAUCUAAAUGGUGUUUAAAUUACGGUGAAGGUAAAAGACAUUUAUCAAGUGCUGAAAAUAGAAAAUUAAAUUAUGAUAGAGAUUUUUUAAGAAAUGAAUAUCAUGAUUUUUUUGUUAAAAAUAAAGUUGAUUUGAUAUUAACACCAGCUUAUAAUAAUGUUGCUCCACAUCAAGAAGAAGUAUAUAAUUGGUCAUAUACUUCAUUAUAUAAUGUAUUAGAUUUACCAACAUUGGCUUUCCAAACUGGAUUAUUCCAAGAUCCAAAGAUUGAUGUAUGGACAGAAGAUGAUAAGAAAUAUGAGUACAGAUCAGAUUUGGAAAGAUUAGAGAAUGAAAAUUAUAAACCAGAUGAAUUUAUAGGUGCUCCAAUUGGUUUACAAUUAAGUGCAAGAAGAUUCCAUGAUGAAGAAUUGAUUGCUGCUUCAAAGACAAUUAUUGAUGAUAUUUUAAAAGUAGAUUUGCUUAGACCUUGA